ACACUUCUCUCACAGUCUCAUCAGUAACCACUUUCUCUCUCUAAAAUUACUCUCUCUCUACAAAUUCUCCGUACAACAAUGGCGAAUUCGACCUUCGUGAUGGUGUUUAUGCUCGCAUUGAUCGCCGGAUCUGCAUUCGCACAGUCACCUACCGCCGCUCCGACGGUUUCUCCGACUGCAACUCCGACGGCGUCACCUCCGUCACCUGUUUCCGGCGAACCUACUUCUUCUCCAACGGAAUCUCCGGCGGCAUCUCCACCGGCGCCUCCGACUGAUCUCGCUCCGUCUUCUCCAACCGUUUUGCCGCCGUCGAUCUCAGAGACUCCGACGGAUUCGCCGACCGGUGCACCUAAUGCCGGUAGCUUGAACAGAGUCGGCGUUGCUGGAUCUGUUGUUGUGGUUGCGUUAGCUGCGAUGUUUGUGGUUUAGAGUUAGAGAUGUGGUUGAGUUAGGGUUUGUUGAUGUUAGCACAUUUGGUGUAUGUUGAAAUGUCAAUCACUGAGAUGACGAUUGGUUAUUGAUUUGUUGUUGGUAUUAUUUUGUAUAAUUGAUUGUUUAUUGGAAUAAGUUAUACUGUGAUUGUUUUGUUUGUUCAAA